UGCACCUAAUGUAAAAUGCAAAUUAGGAACAACAAAUUAAAAUUUUCGUGAUGAGGCAAUAAUUGGGCCUGAAUAAAUAUGCUCCAAGUCCAAUCCCACAAGCCCAACCGCGCAAAUUGAACCGCUUUGGCGCUCGUCUUCUUCAUAAAUCAAAGAGGUUCAAAUUUGAAAAGCUUCGAUCGACUUUUCAGAAGGACAAUCACCACAACUUAAUGAUGCGAAGAUUCAAUUCCGCUGUUAAUCAUCAACCAAAAACCUUGAAUUCUUCAGCUGGAAACAUCACUCAACAUCAUCGCCUCAAUGAUGAAGACCGAUUUGAUGUGAUCAAGGACAAAAAGGUUGCAUCCCCAGAAAACGAAGCAGAUCCUCUUCCAAAUGCUGGAAGAGUUGCAUUGUCCAAAAAAUAUCGUACAGCUCGUAACCCCAAUUCUGAUACUCCCAAAACUUCAGAGUACGCUUUCUUCAAGAAAUUGAAAAAGAACAUUGGCCAUAGCAAUUCAGAUCUUCUCCAUAGAGGGAGUAGACUAUCCAAGAUCACUCAACCUAGUAAUUGUAUCUCAGACACACGGAGCACAUACAACGUGCUGAAGUGCCCAAAUAAGGAUGUUAACAUCCCAAUUCAAGUUGAAAAGGAACAUCAGACUAAUGAAUGCCAGUACUUUUCACCUGUUGAUGGUGUCAUAGGCAUAUCCAAGGAGGCAAAACUUAAGUACUUUUCACCCCCAACUGUAGUGACUCCUGUAUAUUCAAAUUUGCUGCUGUCACCCAUUGCAGGUCCAUCACAUAAUUCAGGUUUGAUUUGGUUUCUGCACUUCUUAGGCGGCUGUUUCCUGGAAGGAAGGAGGAUGAAGAUUUCUGGGAUUCACAGGUCAGGAAAGGGGAAAUAGCAAGUACGAGCUCACUUGCAAAUGCUAAGCCAGAUCAUGCAAAGACACGACCUCCUUCAAGGCACAUAGAACAUGUUGUAGCACCAGAAUAU